AUGAAGGCCAAGAACUAUUACGUUUUCAUAUGCUGUGGUGCGGGGCUGGCUGAUGGGAGCCGGCCAGUGAAGGAGCACAAGCUUGCGUUUGCUAGGACUGAAGGACUGUUGAGCAAGCAGGACUCGGAGUCCCUGGACGGUUGCAUUCAGAGUACGUUAUCAGCACUCUACCCUCCGUUUGAGGCUACCGCAGCCACUGUUCUGUGCCAAGUUUUUGAUGUGGUGGAGAAGACGUACCGUGGGGAUGGACUGCGCUACCUCAUAGACUUCCUGAUUCCAGCCAAGCACAUCCUGCAGUGCAUUCAGCAGGAUGCCUGUGUUCAGUACUGUGGCUUGCUGUUUCGCCAUGAGGGCUGGCCCCUAUGUAUUCAUGAGAAGAUUGUAGUCCAGCUGGCUUCCAUUGACUGGCGAAUCUUGAAGCCUGGUGACUUCUACCUGCAGGUGGUCCCCUAUCUGAAGAAGUCUCCACGAAUUGUAUUGAAAUGUUUGGCAAAAGACAAGCACAAUGUAGAGGAAGUUGUGAUUCCAGAAGUUUCUUAUACCUCUAUUUUUACUCUGGAAUGGUUGAGUACUUUCAAUGGAGAGCGAAUGGGUAUAGCACUGGAAAAUUGUUUACUAACCACUGAUGAUGAAAUAUUUCGCAUCCCCUGGGAUAAAGUGGUUAAUCCUGAAUUUAUAAAUAAACCAAAAAUAAUUGAAAACAAUAUAAUCUCUCCAGAAAUAGCAGAGGAACGUUCAAUUUUGUGCCUCCCCAUGGACCAUGCUGAGUGCAGUUCACCAGACCUAGGAUCUCAGUAUCUACAGGAACAAAGUCCAAAUCGAAACAACCUGGUCACUAGCAGCACAGCUCCGCAGUUAAGUGAAGCUCUUGUCAAUGGUGUCUGUACAAGUCCUGUGCCUCAAGAAAACUUGAAAAGUGACCUUGAAGGGGAGUAUGUUGAGCUGACCGAAGUUUCAUUGCCCAGGUUUGGGCCACAAAGAGGCUCUUUAACCCAAUCACUAGCUUUAAAUUAUCUAACUCAGCCCAGAACACGAGCGAAUGCGUCUAAAGGCAAGCACAGGUUUAUUGUCAUUCAAGACAGUACCUACUCCAAGAAUUUAAUUCAGUCAGCACUUAUGCAGAAGGAGCACUGUCAAAUGGACACUCUGAGGACUUCUACGGAAGUUCUCAAAAAUAGGCAGCUAUGGAUCUCUGAAGUGGUGUGUCUACCAGGUACCAGAGAUAAAUCAGGACGUGCAGUAGCCAUAAUAACAACAAGGAACACAGCCUGGUUAAACCCACAUUGCAAUACAACUGAGCUUGUACGCCUUCUUCUGUACUUGCAUAGCAUCCCAAGACCAGAAUGUCAGGCUUUGGGUCUAACUGUUCUUGUGGAUGCUCGUCGCUGUUCACCGGUUCCUGCUCUCUUCAAGGCGUUCAGCAUAUUGCAGGACAUAGAUCCUCAUUGUAUUCAUGGAGUACUGCUUCUGGUUGAAAGGGAUCUGACGUUUCGGAUGGAGAAGCCACCAGCAGGGCAGUUUGAACUUCUCACCUCCAUGAAAUCCCUCCAUAAGCACAUAGACAGCUCACAGCUGCCUCUAGAACUGGAUGGGACCUUCCCUUACUGCCACCGGGACUGGUUAAGCUUCCGCAUGAAGCUGGAACAUUUGCUACAAGGAUGCCAAGGUGCUUGUGCCUUCCUCCAGGGAGCUAUUCAUAAAGUGGAACAUGGAAAAUUACCAGAAAGAGCUGAGGAGGCAGCUGUGCUGCUGAGGAAUUAUAGGCAGUUGAUGAAGAACGUUCUUGAAGACGCACGGCUGGUCAGGCUGCAGCUGGAGGGUGGAGCGCUCCUGGCCAGACUGAGGAAGGAGGAGUCUUGUGUCACCCUCACCCAUGACUACAGAGACGCACUUGAUGCUGCCAGCGUGCUUUAUAAUCGAGUUGAUGAGGGUGUUCACCGACUGGUGAUGCUGUCAAACAAACGCAUCCAGGAGCUGGAGCUGGUGAUGGAGUUUGAGAAAGUGGAAGAGUGUUUUAAGGAGGUCAGCAGUUGGAUCGAGAAUGUUGGCAGAAAACGGCUAAAGGAAACGAUCAACCUGGAUGAUUCUUUGGAGAUGCUGCUUCAAGCACAAAAACAGUUCAGGGAGUUUGAUCUUGUUGCCAGUGAAUAUUGCAAAAGAGGGCAGGAAGCACUAAAGAAGAUGGAUCGAUGGGAAGACUUUUCCUCUGUGGAUGUACAUUCUUACAGGGUAAAGCUGCAGACCUACAAAGAUCAACUGGAGGAGUUCUGCACUGAACUGGAUGAAAACAGGCACCGAAUCUGUGAGACGGUCAGGCUGUAUGAAUUCUUUGACAAGGCAUACGAGUGGGCCUUGGAAGGGAUGCGACACCUUGCCUGCAUCAGCAUGGAGGACUGCAGCUCUGCCGAACACUGUGCAGGUGUGAUCAAGUGCCUGGAGAGUUACAAGGGGCAGCACCCAGACAUCAGCGAUGCCCGGUUCCAGGAGAUGAAGGAGCUGGCCUGUGAGCUGAAGAGUGACAAGGGACUCAAGCAGUGGAAAUUUGCAUGGUCCAAAUGCCAGGAGACCAAGCUGGUUUUUGAAAAGAAACUCGAAGCAGCCUUGAGAACAAGGAAGUCUCUGCUGUCAGACCACAAACCAGCUGCAAGGGAGCAGCCCCGGGCUGACAGUGAGGCUGGCAGUCUGUCCCACCGGAGGCACUCUGAGGGGGCCACCUCCGGGUCCCACUGGGACAGGACUUACAGCGUGUCCCACUGCUACAACAGGCCCAACUGCUCUCUGGGUUGGUCUAAGGAGAAAGCUCCCUCGUCCUCCCUGAGCUGCCCUGGUGAUGUUAGUGCUGGGGAAGAAUUUGCCUGCCAAACUGCUCUCAGCCCUGGUCCUCACUUGAGCAGAGUUUCUUUUGCCAGCGGGGCCUCCAAGUCUCCAAAGCUGCCUGAAGAAAAGUCAAACCUGGAGAGCAUAUUGGAAACCCUGGAGGUGAAGCCAUCCUGCACAUCCACUCCAGCCUCUGGGAAGCUGCCUCCCAGGAGGAUGCUCCGGAAGGCCCAAAGCUUUGACCUUCCGUGUGGUGAGAGCCUGUGGUCAGGCUGCCAGAGGACGCUGAGCGAGCCGGCCAGAUACGGCAACACCGGCGUCUUUAUUAAGGGGCUGGAGGUGAGCAGCACUGAGCUGGUGGACAGGACUUUCGCACUGCGGCAGCAAGCCACUCACAGCUGGGCUGCAGACUGCCUGCUGGAGGGACAGAGGGGCUGCCUCUCCGUGUUGGAAGCCAAGAGCUGGGGCAGCAAGCUGCGGCACAUCAUUGAUGAGAUGGUAACCACGGAACGGGAAUACGUGAGGUCGCUUUGCUACAUCAUCGAUAGCUACUUCCCUGAGAUGGAGCGCCUCGACCUCCCCCAGGACCUGCGUGGGAAACGCAGCGUCAUUUUUGGGAACCUGGAGAAACUCUAUGAUUUCCACAGCCAGUACUUCCUGCGAGAGCUCGAGAGCUGCUGCAACCACCCGCUGCGGGUCAGCCACUGCUUCCUCCGACAUAAAGACCAAUUUGGGAUGUACGCAUUGUAUAGCAAGAACAAGCCAAAGUCUGACUCGCUGCUGGCCAGCCAUGGGAAUACCUUCUUCAAGUUCAAGCAGGUGCAGCUUGGAGAUAAGAUGGACCUGGCCUCCUACCUGCUGAAACCUAUCCAGCGGAUGAGCAAAUACGCCCUGCUCCUGAAGGACCUGAUCAAGGAGUGCAGUGAGGCACAAGAGCAGGAGCUGGGCUACCUCCGUGCAGCUGAGGAGAUGGUGAAGUUUCAGCUCCGGCACGGAAAUGACCUGCUGGCCAUGGAUGCCAUCCGUGACUGUGAUGUGAACCUGAAGGAGCAGGGGCAGCUGGUGCGGCAGGAUGAGUUCACCAUCUGGCUGGGCCGUAGGAAAUGCCAGCGACACGUCUUCCUCUUUGAGGACCUGAUCCUGUUCAGCAAGCCCAAGAGGAUCGAGGGUGGCUUUGAUGUGUAUAUCUACAAGCGCUCCUUCAAGACUGCAGACAUCGGUCUGACGGAGAACUCUGGAGACAGUGGCCUGCGCUUUGAGAUCUGGUUCCGAAGGCGGAAGUCCAGUGACACCUACAUCCUCCAGGCCAGCUCAGCUGAGACUAAGCAGGCCUGGACCAGUGACAUUGCCAAGAUCCUGUGGCAGCAGGCAGCCCGCAAUAAAGAAAUCCGUAUGCAGGAGAUGGUCUCCAUGGGUGUGGGCAACAAGCCAUUCCUGGAUAUCAAACCCAGCGAGGCAGCUAUCAAUGACCGUGCUAUCGAUUACAUCAUGAAAGGAAGAGGCGCCAGGACCAGAGCAUCAAUUGCGGUGUCUCUGUUUGACCAUUCCAACCCAUACAAGAGGACACAAGCACAGCUCUCCGCUGGCAGCACCCCUGCUGCAUACAGCCCUUCCUCCUCUUCCCUGCUGGGGCCCCUCAAUCUCCACAUGUACCUGGACCAGGCUCUGCUGCCAGGCGUCCUGGCCCCCAGCCGCCCCUUUGACAUUGGCACCUGCAUCGAGGAAGACGAGCUGGAGCACGAGACGAGCAGCCAGCCAUCACUGACAACAGAGAGCUCGGAGUCAUCACACUGCAUGUCAGGCAGUGGCUCUAGUGGCUCCGACAGUGGCUGUGUCUCCAGCAUCCCACAAGAAAGCUUCUGUGAAGACGUGGGCUCACCCCCCUACAUGCCCCUAGGCCCACAACACAGCUCUGCGGUGGAGGAGAAACCCAGGUUCACAAACAGCCAGUACAUUUCUGCUAAAGCAGGCCAGGUCACCAUAAGUCCCUCGACAAUAGUGUGA